UCGGCUGUAGCGCGCCGGAGGCUCCCCUUGGCUGGUACGGUACCCGCUGCUUUUGCUUCUCGGGGUGGGCUGGCUGCCAGCGCAGUCGUAGCUCGAGCCCGCGCCCGCCUUCCGUAGGGGGCAAGCGUGAUUCAUCCUCGCUAGCGGAGCUUAGGCAGGGCGGGUGGUGGAAGCAGCAGCAGCAGCAGCCGCCGGAGCUAGCGAGCGAGCGCCGAGCUUCCCCCCUUCCCUUUUCUGCCUCGGAAAUCUGGAAGCGAAGCUUGGGGAGGGAGGCGGAAGCGCAGCUUUCCUUGCUCGAGAGAAGAAGCGCAGGCAGCUAGGGCGAAGGCGCUCUCGGCGAGCCCGGACGGUCCGAGCUCGGGUUUCCACCCCGGCCCCUCCCAGCGCGCGGCUGAUGUGCACGAAGAUGGAGCAGCCUUUCUACCCUGACUCCUUUCUCUCCGGCUACGGGCAGGACUACAAGACGCUGAAGGCGGGCAUGGCGCUCAACCUGUCGGCAGAGCCCUUCCGCGGCCUCAAAUCGCAGCUGCCGCCUCACCUCCGCGGCCAGGAGGACGGCCCUGCCGGCUACUUCCCGGCCUCCCUCCAGCAGCAGGCCGAGACCGGGAGCGCCUCGCUCAAGCUCGCCGCACCGGAACUGGAGCGCCUGAUCAUCCAGAACAGCAACGGCGUGAUCACCACCACCCCGACGCCGCCGGGCCAGUACUACUACCCGCGGGGCGCCACCGAGGAGCAGGAGGGCUUCGCCGACGGUUUCGUCAAGGCGCUGGACGACCUGCACAAGAUGAACCACAUGCCGCCCCCCAACGUCUCGCUGGGGGCGGUGUCGGCGCCCUCGGCCAGCAGCGGCUACGGGCCCUCGCUCCCGCAGGAACCCCCGCCCGUCUACACCAACCUGACCAGCUACAGCCCCGCCGCCCCCCUGAGCAGCGCGGGCAGCUUCCCCAGCGCCAACCUCAGCUACCUGCCGCAGCCCCACGCCCUGGCCUUGGCGCACCCGGCGCGGAGCUUCAAAGAGGAGCCCCAGACGGUGCCGGAUGUGCAGAGCCCGCCCGUCUCGCCCAUCAACAUGGAGGACCAGGAGCGCAUCAAGGUAGAGAGGAAGCGGCUACGCAACCGCCUGGCCGCCACCAAGUGCCGGAAGAGGAAGCUGGAGCGCAUCGCGCGCCUGGAGGAGAAGGUGAAGACCCUCAAGAGCGAGAACGCGGGACUGUCCAGCACGGCCAGCGCGCUGCGGGACCAGGUGGCGCAGCUCAAGCAGAAAGUCAUGAACCACGUCAACAACGGCUGCCAGCUCCUCCUGACAGCCAAGAUCCAGCAGUCCUUCUGAAGGGCCCGCCAACCCCUCCGGCUCCAGAGACCUCGGGUGGGUGGGGGGGAGCAGCGAAGAAAUGGACUCCUCGUACAAAGUUUACACGGAACAGGCGGAAAGGCCGAGUUUCCAGCUCUUCAGUUCUGAAGCCCUGUUUCCCUCCCUCCUCCAGUUUAUGUCUGUGACUCUCAAUCUGGUGGAUCCAGAACCCCGAUUUGUGCUGAGUGUAAGUUUUUUAUAUUUGUGCGUGAGUGUGUGUAUUCUUAAAAAAAAAAAAGCCUUUUCUCUGCUGCGUCGCUGGAUGGUGCAGUGGGACUGGAGGUACUCUGGACAGAGCUAAAAACUGGCCCUCUGAGCUUUGCUUUGUGCCAGUGGAAAAGAGGAUAAUGUCUGCUAACUUAUGACUGAAAGAAAAGGGACCAAGACACAGGUUGAUAGGGAAGAGAUGGACUCUCAGCACCUUUCUUCCUCCAAGAGGCCAGUAUGUGGACUAAAGGGUCACUGAGGAAAGGGGGUUGUUUACUACUUGUGCUCUUAUUUCUUUUUGAGUCCUCAAAUUCAGUUUUUUCAAAAAAUUGUAUUUGUGUUUUUGACUUUUUAUUGAAGCUAUUUAAGUAAAAAUGUUCUACUUUA